AUGCCUUCGUCGGCGAACACGCACAACGCACCAUCUUCCCGCUCGCCUUCGCCAAACAGCAACACCUCUUCUGCGACGAUUACUGGUGAUUGUGUCCUUUCCAACUCACGCCUGGCGAACUUCCCCAACAGCGCGCAUGGCUCGAGCACAUCCAACGUAGAACCCUCGUCACCGUUAGACCCACCGCAUGGAAGAAACGCUUCGACUCUCACUCAUAAACGUUCCGUCAAAUCCAUCACCAAGGAGUACGAGGAUCGUCGAGGCACGUCCCCUUCCUCGUUGCUACACCCGCCCUCUUCAUCCUCUCGGUCAUCCUCGCCCACGUUUCCAGCGGCACAGCAUUCUCCUACCGCGUCUUCGUUUUAUCACAACCUCGACGCGUCAUCGACCCGCAACCCCCCUCCUUUGCACAAGCGCAGUUCGUUCUUGCAGACCACCGAUUCGGCUCCUAACACACUCGCAGCUACGCCACCUCGCACGAGAAGCCUCAGCACCACCAGCAGCUCUGGUUCCAACCUCUCCCGAUCUCCUUCGAUACGACUUGCCAGUGGCUCUUACCCUUCCACUCUAAGGCCGCCGGCCAAGAAGACCUCAAACUCUUCCAUUCGUUCGCUUCCUGAGCCCCCUUCGCAGCCAGAACAGCUCACCGACAAGUUUCCGGGCGCUUCGUCUCCGACAGAAAAGGAAGUCGAACCGCACAAGCACGAGCAAAACACCAUUAUGACUACAUCUCCCGAUGAAAGUUCCGAAAGGAUCUUGAAAUCACGUCAACCACAGAGCACUGCCCCUUCGGACGAGACGCAGCACCCGGAUUCCGACCGCAGUCAUAGCGCUGUCGACGAGAGCGCACAACAGGACGCCGAAGAUGAAGCCUUGUACGAGAACAUUGACAGUGUCGCAGAUCUCAGUGGCCUGCACGCAAACGGCGCAUCUUUGCCCGUGCCCAGCACCGUCGAUCUCGCCAACAUGACUCUCGCUGAACGACGCGAACACUCGCGAAGACACUCUCGCGUGCACAGUCGCAAUCUUAGCGUCUUCUUCCCGCGGCCAGGCACUGAGGCCGAAGCGGAAGCAGACGGCGUAAAAGCGCGCGAGCACUUUGCACAGCGUGGCGACACCAACAACGAUGUAGCACAGAGCACCUCGGCAAGCAGCACCUCCUUCAGCGACUCGGCAUCCAAAAUGCACCGUCGUGGCGGUAGCGGCAAUCGUCCUCAGAUUACUGUAAGCACCGACGCCAGCGCCCUCUCGCCCCGUUCCGCUAGCUUUGCUGCGCUUACCGCGAAUCAAUCGCAACCUAGCGGCAGCGGUAACAACAACAAGCUCGAGACUCCGAAUCAUCUGGGCAGCGAUCUUAGUCCGAGCCCCACCAAGAGCAGGCGUGGACAUCAUCAUCGUCACAGUGUUGCGAUGCUCGACGCUGGACUCAGCCCAAUAACGCCUAAGCAGAACGGUCACGCAAUGGAGAGAUCCACCUCGUCAACGUCUUGGAAUUCGGACGCUUCCUAUGCCGCACCCUUUGACGCCAGCGCCGAGCAUCACUCGCACACGCAUCAUCACGAUCACGAUCACGGCCACGGCCACGACCACGAUCACAGCCACAGUCACAGCCAUCAGCAUCGACGAUCGCUGCACGCUCGUACCGUGUCAGCGCUGGGACACAUUCCUCAAGCCUCGCGGCCGCUGCUGCUGUUCGGUAUCUCACAUUUUGGCUUGGGCGCGGCGCUAUGGAUGGCGGGUCAAGAGGUCGACUCCCUCUCUGCGACCGGUCUGGGCUACCUCGUCGUGUUUGAUGCGAUGGGUAUUCUGAGCAGCGCCAUCUCCGACUGGGCGCUCGAGUGGGAGCAGCACGCCAGCGAUCUGCGCAGAAGGAGCGGCAAGCCGGAGGGCGCCACUUUGAAGCGCCCGUAUGGCAUGCACCGCGUCUCGACGCUGCUCCACUUUGUACAGACCAUUUACCUGCUCUUUGCUAGCGUCUACGUGCUUAAGGAAUCGGUCGAACACGCUCUGCUGGAAGGUGGCAGCGGAGAUGGCUCGCCCGCGACGGAUGGACUGAUCGAAUCGGCUUCAGGGCACGACCAUUCGCAUGCACAUGCCGAGCACUCGUUGGGAAUUGUGAUGCCCAAUCUGUUGCUGGCGCUGUCGCUGGCAGCCUGCGUCUUCUCGAACAUCGUCAUGGGCAAUCAUGCCAAGUUGGUUGCGGCUUGCGGCAUCAGUACUGCUGCGUCGGGUGGUGCGCCCGGCGGACCCCGUCACGGACGCAGCGGAUCGGUGCUGAUGCGGCCGUCGGAACUGGCAUGGCCACUCUUGGCACUAUUGGCGAAUCCUUUCAGCUUGACGGUGCUAUUUUUCAGCUCGGCGCUGCUGUUUGCGGGUCUCACCAUGCCAUCGAUUCAGGUAGCAGCGCUGGACAAGGUUCUGGCGGGGCUCGAAUCGGUCUCCAUGUUUUACGUCGCUUAUCCUGCGUCGGUGGCGCUGGGCAAAGUGUUGCUCCAGACGGCACCUUCGGACGCUUCGCCCAACAAGCAGCAGCUCAAGCGUGCGCUCAAAGUGGUCGAGCAGAAUCCGCUCGUCUCGUACGUACCGCCGCCUAAUGUUUGGCAGCUGACUCCGCCGACUUCGGCGUUGGUGCAGGCGGAUCGAGGGUCGGGGAUGUUGUCUGGCGGUGGCGGCAGCGGUGGAAGGGGCGUGCACUUUGGCGGUAAGAGCGCAUCGUUGGUGGUGUCGGUAAUGGUGUUUCUGCGGGCAGACGCAUCGGACGACGAUUGCUUCGAGAUGACCAAGUGGGUGUGGGAGAAGCUGGCGCCGAGCAUCGGAGCAGGGAGGGGGCUAAUGGCGGGUGAGAUGCUACGUGGUACGCAGAGGGCGGCCACGGACACGGGCACGGCCAUAGCCAUUCCCAUCACCACCAUUGACCAGCGACUGCGUAGCUCAACAGGCUCCACCGCUCCACGCUUCCACACCAUCCCUAGUCCUUCCUUAUACAUGUGA